CAUGGCAGCGUGUAUGAAUGGUUUAGGUUUUAUAAUUGUAUCGUCCGCUGUAGCUCAGAAUAGUAGGAAAUAUGUUCAACUUUUACGAACAAGGCAUAGGAUAAGGUAUUUUGAUAGGUGUUUAGCUGAUAUUAACCGUAAGUAUUCAGGAUGGAAAGAAACGACGAGUGCUUCUAAAGAAAUUUUGUUUAGCAGUGGGAAACCAUUGAAAAUUAGUACAGGAAAAUUGGCCAGGUUUGCAGAUGGGUGUUCAGUAGCUCAGCUUGGAGAUACUUCAGUUAUGGUGACAGCUGUCAGUAAAACUAGGCAGAGCUCUUCGUCAUUUUUACCAUUAGUGGUUGAUUACAGACAGAAAGCAGCAGCAGCGGGAAGAAUACCAACUAACUUUUUACGGCGUGAACUAGGCCCUACAGAAAAAGAAAUUCUAACUAGUCGAGUAAUAGAUAGAUCAGUAAGACCGCUGUUUCCUGAAGGCUACCUUUAUGAUACUCAGCUGGUUUGCAACUUGAUUGCUGUUGAUGGCCACAACGACCCUGAUGUUGUCAGUAUAAAUGCAGCUUCUGCUGCUCUUUCUUUGUCUGACAUCCCCUGGAAUGGGCCAGUUGGAGCCGUCAGAGUGGGGAUGAUUGAUGGAGAACUUGUCAUCAAUCCCACACGUCGAGAGCUUGUACAAAGCUCACUAAACUUGGUGGUUACAGGGGCUGAACAUAACCUUGUAGGAUCCUCCCAUGUGGCUGGUGUUGCAUCCCAGAGUAUACUUAUUCAAAAUCUGCAUCAAGCCAGGACAAUGGAAAGACCAUUUGAG